AUGGUGUUUGGUGUGCUCACUGCUGUUGUGUUCCAGCUAACGGCGCCCAGCAAUGACUACUGGGGGGAAUACGGAACCUAUGGGCCAUGCAGCCGCCCCUGUGGCACUGGAGUAGUCAUGAGGACCAGGCAAUGUAUCACUGCAAGGACAGACGGAGGAAACAACUGCGUGGGAUCUUCUAAAUCUUACCGCACCUGUAAUACGCAGGCAUGUCCAGUGGGUUCCAGGGAUAUCCGUGAGGAGCAGUGUGCCCAGUUUAAUAGGAUGGACUUCCAGAGCAAACGCUAUGCCUGGCUGCCUUACCAUGGAGCGUCUAACCCAUGUGAGCUGAACUGCGUCCCCCGUGGAGAGAACUUCUUCUACAGACACAGGCCUGCCGUGGUGGACGGGACACCCUGCUAUGUGGGCCGCAGUGACAUCUGUAUCGAAGGCAUCUGCAGGGCGGUGAUCAACGGAGAGAUCCUCGGCAUGGACCGUGACGUGGUGCUGGCCCCUCCCGCUCCCGCCGCCAACUUGCGCCACCGCGAGUCCCUCACGUAUGCCUACACAUACAGCGCCUGGUCCGAGUGCUCAGCCCCCUGCAACGGAGGCACACAGCACCGCAGUGUACAGUGCAUGGUCCAGGACUCGACGGCGCCCCACGUGGUGGAUGACUCUUACUGCGUCUCCCAGGGACUACCCAGGCCGGCCAGCCAGCAGGCCUGCAACCAGCAGCAGUGUGCCGAGUACAGUGUGUCCAGCUACAGUGUGUGCUCAGUGAGCUGUGGUGAUGGCCAGCAGACCAGGGAGGUGUUCUGUGUGGGGGCGGGAGGAGAGCGUCUUGGGGAGCAGGCCUGCAGUGGUCUGGCACGCCCACCCACAGUCCAGGCCUGCCGCAAACUAGCCUGCCAUACCCACAUCAGCUGGCACGUCAAUGACUUCGGACUGUGCUCUAAGAAGUGUGGUGGAGGGGUGCGUGAGAGAAGGGUGGUGUGUAUGGACAUAGAACAGAACCCACAUGGGGAGGAAAGAUGUUCCCCCCAACCCAGACCCCCCACUGUGGAGCACUGUAACACCCAGGCCUGCCAUGAAGCCCAGAGUGUACCAAGUGUCCAUGACCCAAGAGAACAUGAUAGAACUCUGAGAGGAUUUGUGCCUUAUGACCCUUCAGCCACUAACACAGUGUACGACCCUUACUCCACCACCGUGGUUGGUCCCCACUGUGCCCAGUCAUACUAUGGCUGCUGCCCGGAUGGCCACACAUCCGCUGGUGGGCAUAGAGGAGAGGGCUGUCCCACAGAUCACUGUGAACGCACCCGGUACGGCUGCUGUCUGGAUGGGGUGACUCCUGCUCAGGGUCAUGGAAGGGCAGGAUGUGCUGAUUACCACCCACCUGCGGACCACUCCGCCCCAGCUUAUGCUCAGUCCGGCCAUAUGUGCUCCCUGUCACGUGACGAUGGACCCUGUGCCAACUGGUCAUCCCGCUUCUACUACAACUCAGCCACUGGCAGCUGUACCCAGUUCUGGUACGGUGGUUGCCAUGGCAACGCCAACAACUUUGUGUCCAGGGACAUUUGCCAGAGGGAGUGUGGCGGCGCCGUCGUGACACCACGACAGGCAUCCCCACCCGCACGGUCUGGCAUGAGAGUAAGGGUGGGUGCGAGGGCGAGGGCGAGGGCAUACCGCGCCCGGUCUUAA